AUGAUUAAUACCACUGAUAUUUCUUCUAUACCAAAAUCAUCAUCAACAAAUUCAUUACAUGAAUUAUCUACAACUGGACAUAAUUUAUUAUCGUCAACAACAAAUCCAGAACAAAAUAAUCAGAUUCAUAAUAUUAAUGAACGUCGAAAAGCACUUAUACCAACACCAAAUCGACCAACGCAUACACAUAAAUCAUCAGAAACAAAUAUUGAACUGGAAACACAGUUUCUAGAAAAAAAAAUGAAUUUAAAUAAUGAUAAAGAGAAAGUUCGAGAAGAACAUACUUCAUGUGUUGAUAUUGAAAAGAAUUCUGUUGAAACUCAAGUUAAUAACGAAAAUUUUGUAACAGAAAUAAAUAAAAAUACUUUAAUGAUUGAUUCAAAUCGACAACAAAAGAUUCAUAAUGUAGUUAAUACAGGAGAUGUAGAUAUAAAUGAACAAAUCUAUAAUAAAACAAACAGAGUGAAUUAUUGUACUAAAAAUUCAGAUGAAAAUAAUAUAGAGGUGGACAAUAAAAAUGAACAGGAUUCAGGUGAAGAAAGUUUUGAUAUGUUUGUUUUACGCAAUUUCGUUCCGUUCUCGGGACGACAAAAUGUCGUACAAUGGCUCGAUGAAACAGAAAUUAAAUUCAAAAAUUUUCGAAUAGGGCGUGAUCACAGAUUUGAUGCUAUUUCGUUAUUAGUCGAAGGUGAAGCAAAACGUCAAUAUAUCAAAAAUCGAAAAUACAUUAAUUCCUUUGACGAUUUUUAUGAAUUUCUACUAGCACAAUUCGAGAUAGUCAAUAUUAAAGAAAGUCAUUCACAUUUUCAACAAGGCGCAGCUAGUAAUCUAUGCAGCCAAUCGACAAUCAAUCAGAAUAAUGCUUCAAAUUGUUCACAUCAAAUCAUCUCGAAUAAUAGUAAUGCGAAUAUUCCAAUGAAUCAGUCAGUUGAAUCCAAUUCUACAACUCUAGUUAAUCUUGGUACCACCAAUGUUACUGGUGAUGUGUCAGCUGUUAAGUCUACAGUAAUACCUGAAGAUAUUUCUAUUCUAUCUUCUGAUCAGACUGUAAGUGACAUUCGGAGAGCAAUAGUUGAUACGUUAAUUAAGAAUCCGAAAGUAUUUAAAGGUGGUAAAGAUAAUGUAACAAAAUGGAUAGAGGAAAUGGAACAUCUUUUUGAUAUAGCUCAUAUUCCGGAUUCUAUAAAAUUGGAUUUUGUUUCGUAUUCAUUGCGUGGUGACGCUUUAGAAUGGUUUCGUAUUAAUCGAUCCUCACUAACUACUUGGAAACUUUUUGUACAGGAACUCAAACGAUCUUUUACUUCAAGUUUCCAUGAAGAAUUGGCUUUUAAGAAGUUAGAGACGUAUAAUCAAGGUGAAAACCAGUCUAUACGCAAUUUUUUUAAUGAAGUACUAAAGUUGUGUAAGGAAGCAGAUAGUACGAUGAGUGAAGCAACUAAAUUGAAAAAUUUACUAAAUAAAGCAAAACCUAGUAUACAAUAUGAAGUGCGUAAGAAAAAACCGAUAACGACAGCCGAGUUUCUCGAAUAUGCUAAAGAAGCAGAGGAACUCAUUCAACUAUCAGCUUUCUCAAUUGACGAAGUUGAUGGCAAUCUUCAUCACAGAUAUGGCAAUCAUACUAAUAUUGAUAAUAGUAAACAAACUAUCUCACAAACGUCGACUCCAUCAUUAGUAUCUGCUCCAUUAGUACCAGAAAAUUCAGCUUUUCAUAAUAAGGCACCUAAUUUCUCAAAUAACUAUUCGAAACAACUUACCAAUAGCUAUCGAUCCACGAAUAAUCGAAACAAUUAUUCUAAUUCAAAUACGUCAUCCUUUUCUAAUUUACAGUCACCACAAAAUAAAUCGCGUCAUGCUAGUAAUUUUUCACGACCUAAUCGACAAUACCCGUCGUCUAAUCCAAAUAAUAAUAACUACAAAAGGUAUCCACAACAACAAACGAACUUCACACGUAAUACACAGAAUCGUCAAAAUGCCGUUAAUUCUAUUAAUCAGUCUUGCGCUUCAGUUAACACAGAGCUACCUGUCGAAUCAUUUUCUUCUAUUACUUGUAAUCGAUGUCAUCAAAUCGGACACGAGGCUUCGGCCUGUUCGAAUUUUUAG